CAAACACACACACCUUGGAACUCACAUGCUCUACUGCCACACUUGGAAAAUAUUCUGUAGGGUUUUUCGUUUUGCUGCAGCAGAGCAGAGUGACACCCUACACACCCUGUGACCGCUGAUUCUUUAUCCUGUAAAUGUCUCCUGUGGGCUUGUGUUGUCUCCUCUUCAUCUCCGUCUCUGUGUGUUACUGGGUACCAGCAGGCUGCUAUGCCAAUGGCAAAGUCACCAAAGCCUGUGGCAACAUGGCAACCCCACCAUGGAGUCCCAGGUCAGACAACUCACAGCCCUUACCACCUAACAACCAACACCACCAUGUUCAGCCCCGGAGAUCAUAUCCAAGUCAUUCUAUCUGGAACAUCAUAUUUUGAGGGCUUCCUGCUUCAGGCCAGAGAUGCAGCCAGUCAGAGCUCAGUAUCCACUGUUGGCACCUUCACCCUGACCAAUCCCGACAUGACACAGCUGCUCACCUGUAAUAAGCAACAGGGUUCAGCAGUGAGCCAUACGAGUGAUGCCAGACAGACAGAGGUUGUUGUCAUCUGGAAUGCUCCUCCAGAUUCUCCCAGUGAGGUCCAGUUUCUGGUGACUGUAGUCUUCCACUACAGUGUAUUUUGGGUGAGGCUGCCUGGACCAGUCAUCUAUCAGCAUGGUGUUACACCUCAUCCACCUCAGUCCACCACUACACCUCCUCCAAUACUGACAACCACACCCUCUAUCCUGCCGGGACCUUUCAAUUCUAAUGGCUGUGGCCAAACAAAAUCCUGCCUGUCAGACCCCCUGGGCUGUGAUCCAGAAGACGGUCCUCACUGCUUCUUCUUGUCCAUGACUACAGAGGGACCAGACAAAACGUCUGUGAUAUUUGAGCUGAGUGGCCCAGCGGAGGGAUACGUUGCCUUUGCUUUGUCCUGGGACAAGUGGAUGGGAAAUGAUGAUGUGUAUAUGUGUGUAGAAGAUGGGGGUAGAGUAUCAGUGAGUGCUGCCUUCGUUACUGGACGAACAAACCCUGAAGACCAGUCUCAGUCUGGAAUCUCUUCAGUAUCAUGGCGGCUGGCAGAUGGAGUAAUCCAGUGCAGGUUUAGUAGACCAGUCAAACUGGCCAAUCAGGAACCAGGCCGCUAUGAUCUGGACCAGGAGUACUUUCUGUUUCUGGCCAACGGACGUGCUCUGUAUGGUGAAAUAUGGAAACAUAGUCACCAACCAUUAGUCUCCACACAUAGAAAACGUAUCACAGGCCCCCCUGAGGUCCUAACAGGUUCCCGAGGACCCACCAUAAUGAAAAUGCAUGGUGCAUUAAUGUUGUUAGCCUGGAUGCUAACUGGGAGUGUUGGUACCAUUGUCGCCAGCUUCUAUAAAUCUGAGUGGCCAAAUCAAAUUCUGCUCGGCCAGAAAGUCUGGUUCCAGGUUCAUCGAGGCCUGAUGACGCUGACUAUGACUCUGACCAUUGUAGCCUUUUGCCUUCCAUUUUUCUAUAGGAAAGGUUGGAGUGAGCAUGCAGGUGUCCAUCCCUACCUAGGCUGCUGUGUUCUGGCAUUAUCUCUGAUUCAGCCAAUAAUAGCUGUGUUCAGACCACUGCCUGACUCUAACAGGAGAUAUAUCUUUAACUGGGUCCACUGGGGAAUUGGAUCUGUGACUGAGAUUGUGGCAGUGGCGGCCAUGUUCCUGGGCACACGUCAAUCAUCACUGCUCCUCCCCCAGCCAUGGGCAACACAUGUUUUGAUUGGCUAUGUGACAUGGCUGGUCUCCCUCAGGAUUCUCCUCCUGAUUGAACACAUUUACAUCAAACAAUUACUGAGGACAGAUGAUCAAGUAGCCAUUCUUUCUGACCAAUCAAAGCCCAGUUGCUUGGGGUCCUUCACAAAGUCUCUCAUCUUGGCUGCCUUGGCUUUGGGAAACUCUGGUUUCCUCAUGGCCUUACUGUCUUCUAUUGCUGAAAUCUGACACUUAAUGACAAAGGAAUUGAAAUAAUUCUCAAGACCAUGACACACUGACAUUCUAAAAGGAGACAUUUUAAUUCAAGGUUUGGACUACAGUUAUAGUACGUAAUUCUAACUUAAGCAAAGCCCAGAAAUGGAAUGUAACAGAACUGAACUUUAUCAGCUAAGAAAACAAUCAUUUGUAUUUAAAAUUUUACUAUUUCCUUUUUAAUAUUCAAAUUUUUGGUUGUAUUUGUGUAGUUAGUUUAGCAACCUAUAUUAAUAUUUAAUAUAUAAUCACUUUAUUCUAUUUCUAUAUUUAGUGACAUUAUUAAUGUUUAAUAAUAGCACUUAUUGGCCUUUCUUAAAUAAUUCAUGAAAAAGGUCUUGAAUCAGCAACAUAGUGUGAACAGAUGUUUUCUGAUGUUUUCACAUGCACAUACACUCAACAGCAGGUAGUAGCAGGAAGCUUUUUAAAAAUAUAUAUAUUAUAUGAUUGAAUGGUUGUUUCUAUAUGUCAGCCCUAUGAUGGACUGGUGAUCAGUACAGGGUGUACCCCACCUCUCACCCAAUGACAGCUGGGAUAGGCUCCAGCCCCCCCUCAACCUUUAAUGGAUAGGCAGUAUAGAUAAUAGAUGGAUGGAUUUUAUAUUAUUAUAUAUUUAUCAUGUUGGAAAUACCGUGAAGUGAUGGAGCUAAAAACAAAUAUGUUGCUAUCUUUGUAAGCUUUAGCAAUGUGUUACUGUUCCACUUUAUAUUGGACCAUGUAUUUUAAUUUUGAAUUCAGAUUAAAUGGGAACAAAGUCCAUUAAUAUAGGUAUAUAUGAACAAAGGAAUGAAAACAAGGUUUUAAUGCAAGAAGCUUUUUCCCUCAUUUAUUUAACCACGUCUCCUGAAAUAGCAGCCCUUCAGUGACAGGUGCACUGAACACAGGUGUGGUGCUGCUGGAUUAAACAGGAACAACUCUCUGCCCUGUUUUUUUUCUCCAAGUCAGGAAAUAGAAUAUUUGAACUUUGCAUAAUUCACUUAAAACGUAUAUACAUUUUUAAAGUGCUUAAAAAUACAAAUCAUCACUGAAGUAUAGAGAGAGCCAAUAUAAACAAAUGGAAUGGUCAGAGUUAUUAUAGUGACAACUAAGGUAUCGAUUAAUUGACAGUAUCAACUCAUGAGUGACACGCAGGAAAACAUUCCGCCUUAAAGUUGCUGGUAGCUGCCAGUAGCCUUUGAAUGACACAGUGAUUAGAUUAAUUUUCCACCUAGCUAAUGUUAACUAGUAAAGAUGAAAAGGCAGCAGAACACCCUGUCAUUCAUCAUUCACUCUUCUGGCAGUUUCUUUAUUUGUGAUGCAAAUACAAAGAAACUUUACAAAGCCAGUCUAUUAAACUCAGACAGCUUGUGGUGCCUGCAGGAAAUGAAAGCUUGCUCAGCUAUGUUUUCAUAGCCUAGCCUGUUAGAUGAGCUUUACCUCCACCUGCACUGCAACUCUUCCUCAGAGUGGAUGUUUCAAAUGUGGUUUCAUUUGUUCAGCACAAGUAAAUAAACAAAAUCAUUCAAAACACAAAA